UCCUGGUUAGUUGACGUGAGAUGUGGAACCAAUGCGAGACAUGUUAGCAUUGUGAGCUUCUAACAGGCUAUGUCCAAGAUGGCGGCGCGUACAUAUCGCGAGGCUCAGCGUCUCCCCAGUUUGUGCAAAUUUGCAGUAUUUUUCCUGCGCAUCUCGGGUCUCUUCGUACUGAACAGCUUUGCUUUAACAUCCUAUACCCGACAGGAGCUUUUGGAUAUUGGUGAGGACUUUUCUAACAGUUUUAUCACCAAUCUUUGACUCAUCCCUGAGAUCUCCAGAACACCCGGGGCUACGCACUCUACCCAGCCGGGCGGAAAUGCUCACAGGCGGCAUCGAGAUCGUAAACAAAGGCGGGGGAAGCGCAGAGGUCUAAGAGCUAAGCUAAAGCUAACACCACUCCGGCUCUCUCUACCCAGCAUUUUCCUCACUAAUGUGCAGUCACUGGUGAACAAAAUGGACGAGUUAUGACUUCGCAUCACCCACAGUAAGAGACUUUUGGAUUGCAAUGUCAUGGUUUUCACAGAAACAUGGCUACACAGCGAUGUACCCAAUAAUGCUAUUGAGCUAGCCGGACGCUACAUGCUCCGGGCAGAUAGAACGGCAGAUGACUCCGGCAAGACAAGAGGUGGUGGAUUGUGCAUUUAUGUUAACAAAGCUUGGUGUACGAACACUGUCAUUGUUGGGAGACACUGCUCAGCUAACCUAGAGUUUCUCAUGGUUAAAUGUAGACCUUUUUAUCUGCCGCGGGAGUUCACUUCCACUAUUAUAACUGCAGUCUAUAUUCCACCGGAUGCUAAUGCCAAGCUUGCUUUGAACGAACUUUACGCGGCUAUUUAUUGUCGCAGGUGAUUUUAACCACUCUAAAUUAAAGACAGUGCUCCCCAAAUUCCAUCAGCACGUUUCCUGCUACACCAGAGGAGACAAAACUUUGGAUCAUGUUUAUACAAAUAUUGAUGGAGUUUACACCGCGACCCCCCACCCCCACCUUGGACAGUCUGAUCACCUUUCUUUGUUUCUCAUCCCUAAGUAUUUAACCCUCAUCAACCGUGUGAAGCCAUCAGUGAGGACCAUCAAAGUUUUUUGAACAGAAGAUAAUACUCUGAACUUUUGUACUAAUAUGGUAAUAGAGUGUAGUAAAACAUGUCGAUUCAGAGUGUGGUAGAGUAAAUGCAAAAUGAUGUAACAUGACUAAUAGCAGGUCUGCUAAUGAAAUUGAUUUCUUUCUUUUUUUAUCUAUUUAAUGCUGUCUAUUAUGUAAUUAUAUAAUUCAGUUCUCAAUAUUGUAUUACACUAGCUGUAGUCUAGUAUGAGCCUUAUAUUAGGUUUUUUUAAUUUAGACUGACCUUCAUACGCUUUUGCCAUUAUGUCCUCCAGUUCUUGUUUGUUGUUGUCGCUCAGAGUCUCUCCAUCUUUGACCUUGUGAACUGAAUAAGAGAAACCAGAAGUAUCAAAACUGUCUCGCUGUCUAACAUGAGGCAACACCGCCAAUUGACUGUACCUGCAAGAACAUGCAGCAGUAUGUUUUUGAGCAUGAAAACAUGAGCAUGCCCAAACACAUAUUAUGUAAAACAUAAGACGUUAGAGUUGGGCUUGGUUAGUAUUUGAACUCCUAGAACAAUAGAUGCUAUGCAUUCUUCUGAAUCUUCCCUUGAGGAGAGGAGUUUCUCUAUGUCUUGUCUUGACAGAAUGCCAUAGAUCUAAUAUCAUGCUAUAAUCAACACUUUUCACGAUUAGUAAACCUUGAGAACUGUAAUAGUGAAAAUAUGCUAAAAGUUUUCGAGAGAGUUCCACAUGUAAUACUUGGCUAUUCCAUAUGCAAAUAUGUCAGCCAAUCACAGCAGUGGGCAUUUACACUGAAGUCUCACAGCAGACACGCCCCUUAAAACAGAGCGUUCAAAUCAGAGGGCUAAUGUCACGUUCCAGACAACCCGUAACCCGCGUUUUUCCAACCUUCUCUCUGACGUCACAUAACCUGCAAAACAACAAUGGCAGCCCCUACGGAUGCGGUGUUUAUGCACGGUAAAAUAACAUAAAAUAAAAGGUAUAACAGCUUCUCUUGCCUUAUGCGCCAUUUUUCCUCCUCCGUUUCCCUCAAAUAAGCAAGGAGUAAGCACCUUUGGCAAAAGAAAUUAUUGUAAAUGAGCAUAAGCCCCGUACUGUCUGCCAUGCUGGUUUGUUUACACUCAGGCAGUUUGACGUGACUUGCCUGGAACGCUACAAAGUCAUGACUUACAGGCUCAAAAACCUGCCUGGAACGCAGCAUAAAAUCAGGGUAGGAAAAAUUUUAUUUCUAAAUUAUGACAAUUUUUGGCGUAAAAAUCAUACUAACAUUAUAAGUGCAUCCCAGGAAACAUGAAGUAAUACAAUAAUGCAGUUCAUGACCCCUUUAAGACUUAAAUGCAUUAUUUUUCUGCAUUAUUGUUAUUUUUUUAUUGUUAUUAUUUUUCAUAGUUUUCACUGUGCUUUAUUGUCUCUGUCAGAGUGUGAAAGGUCUCCCUGAGCAAGUGAUAAUUGUCACUUUCUGUUUAUUGAUUUGGUUGGAGCUCAAACGGGUGCACCGCACCUUUAAAACUGCACCAUGCACUGACUGUGAGUCUGAGCCGACAAUGACUCAUACAGACAUAAAUCACUCUUCAUAUGCAGUGUUUUUGUCCUGUUUGUUGAACAGGUUUAACGUGUGCUGAAGGGUGGAGCACAGAAACACACUGAAGGAGAAUCCAGUGAAGUCUGAGAUUCAGCAGCUUUGUGUUUUAUUUCACUGAAUUUACAGCUCAGGGAUGUGAAGUUUUACUAAAAAGAUGAACUCAAGGGCCAAAGUGUGACAUUUUUAUUUUCACUGUUGUCCUGUGAUCACUAAAAUUGUGUAUAAAAAUAUGUCUGUUUAUCAACUUUGUUUCAAAUACUGCUGUUGAAAUUGAUCAAAUUAAUUUCAAUAUAUUAAAUUAACCUGUAUCCACAUCCAGGUAAAACAACACUAUAUUACACAACCAUCAAAUAUUACUAUUUUAUUUUGAAUAACCCAAAUUAAAGUGUGUCAGGAUGCCUUUCAAUCACAUGUCAUAUAGUGUUAGUCAUGUCACCGUCAUUAGUUGACCACAAUAGAGGGAGUUUCACAAUCACAAGAUCUUGAGCUCAAACACCUUCAUCGUCUCUCUGAAUUCACACUGAGAUCGAGCUGCUGAGAAACUACAGGAAUCAAACAAACACAGAAAUGAGUCCAGCACAUACAGAUCCUGAUGAAGCAUCUGCUGUACAGGAUCUGAGGAUUGUGCUGAUAGGAAAAAGUGGAGCUGGAAAGAGUACAAUAGGCAAUGUAAUACUGGGUCGAGAGGCGUUUAAAGAGAGCAGAACCAGAGAGAGUGAGAUACAGAGAGGAAGAGUAGAAGACAGAAACAUCUCCAUCAUCGACACUCCAGGAUUCUUCAACACUCACCUGACUGAUGAAGAGAUGAAAAACCAAAUGAGGAAGAGUCUGGAUCUCUCUGAUCCUGGUCCUCACGUGUUCCUGCUCGUCAUCAGACUCGACAGAUUCACAGAAGACGUGGUGAAGAUCGUGAAAAAGAUUUAUGAGCACUUUGGAAAGGAUGCUUUCAGGUUCACAAUGGUGUUGUUCACGGGAAGAGAGGCGAUGUCCAAACGAGAAUGGAUCGAGUUCAGGCUGGACAGAAAAACUAGAGAACUUCUGAGCUUCUGUGAAGAGAAAUGUGAUGUGAUCAUUCAUAAAAACAAGAGAGAUAGGAAGCAGAUCGCCAGUCUGUUGGAGAAUAUUGAUGAAGUGGUGAGGAAGAACGGACGAGAACAUUAUGUUAAAGAGAUCUACCCAAAGAAGAGCGAAGAUAAGACAAGGACAACACAAGACAGCAAAGAGAAGAUCAGUCUAGAGGAGAAAAUAACAAGCCAAGAGAAAGAGAACAACAGUCCAGAGCAUCUGAUCAGACAAGAAGAGACAGAAAACAGUGUUCAGAAAGAACAAACAGCAACAAAUGAGAGAGAAAAAGAUGGAAAUCAAAGUGACAGAAAACAUGAAACAUGUUUGAUCGAAAAGGAGAAGAAAGCCCCACCAGAAAAUCAGCCAAUAAUAGCAUCUGAUCUGAGGAUUGUUCUUCUGGGUAAAAGUGGAUCAGGAAAGCAUUCAACAGCAAACACCAUCCUGGGCAGAGAUGCCUUCAAAAUCAAUACACGUUUCCCAUCAAGCCCUCAAACCUGUGAGAAACAAACAGCAGCUGUGUGUGGAAGAAACAUCUCAGUCAUCGACACUCCAGGACUGUUUGAUCCUUCAGUGACGUGGGACCAGCUGAAGGCUGAGACUGUGACGUGUGUGGAGAUGAGUUCUCCUGGUCCUCAUGUGUUUCUGCUGGUCAUCAGACUGGAUGAGAGAUUCACAGAUGAGGAGCAAAACACAGUCAAAUGGAUUCAGGAAAAUAUUGGAGAAAAAGCUGUUCAUCACACCAUCAUUCUGUUCACUCACACUGAUCAUCUGAGGGGAAAACCAUUAGAUGAGUAUAUCAGAGACACCCCAGAUCUACAGGCAUUCACUGAGAGUUUUGGUGGCAGAUUUCACUCAUUUAACAAUAAAGACAUGGAGAACCACUCUCAGGUCACUGAACUGCUGGAGAAGAUUGAGAAAAUGGUGGAGAGAAAUGAAGGGAAGCACUACUACAGUGAGAGGUUUAUAACAUUUAAGGGAAAGCCUGACAAAGAGGAGGAGGAGACAGUCAAAGAAAACCCAUCCAGAUGGUUGAAAGGAGUGUUUAUUUUCUUCAUAGGUGCUCUAGCAGUUGCUGCAGCGGUUGCUCAGAGUGGCUUUGAAGGAUUAUGAACAUCUGGAACAAAAGCAAAGCAAUAUGAACAAACAGCUGGAAAAUCCCCUUUUGAUUGUCUUCAGUAUUACAGAUUCUGAAAAUAAUGUGGAUGAAUUUGUGCUUUUAUUCAUUAGGCUGGACCUAAAGAUUGUAUUGCCCAGCAAACAUUACAGAACGUUAAAAAGUUUAUGAUCUCAGACUAAAAUGUAUGUCAAAUGUUUAAUAUUUAUGUUCCAAUUAUAGUAAAUAUAAAUAUUUGUAUUGUGUGUUUAUAAGCAUUUCUUCAUUUUUAAAGGAAAAAAAGUGUUUAAUUUAAACUGUAUUUUGCCAUAUUUCAUAUUUAAUAUUAGUAAUAAAUAAAAAGAGCUUUCUGCCUGUCAA